AUGCGCGGCGUGUGUCUGGACCGUCGGAGGAAUAUCUUACACCGCAGACUACGUCGUAUUAAACUUACAGCGGGAGAGCGCUAUGACGACGUACCGCAUAGGGGCAAAAAGCGAGCGCUUGUUCCUUCCCUGUUCACUAGCAGGUUUUUUUGCCCGUUCCUUCCCCAAGCCCAAACUCUCGUUCACUCCACGAGCAACUUCCACUCACAACCUCCUCUAUCCGCGUUAGCCAACUUGAGCUUGAUUUCCUCCCUUUCCUCUUUGUUUCUCACUCUACUAUCCCACCACCACAUUGACGAUAUCUACAAACGACGUUUCCCUUCAUACGUAACGACACAACCCGACGGCACGAACCGACAACGUCCACAUCCGCUUCGCGCCACCGACACACGACACCCCCAAAAUGACGGCUCUACCAUGUACGUCGCGCGAUCACCACUUGUGAAGCUUAUCCGACCCUUUUCCACAUACACGGGCUCUUCUGUCCGCUUCUUCUUCCUUGGCCUCCCUGGCCUCCCUGGCUUCCCCCUUGCCAUUUUUGCCGCGAUCCGCCAACUCUCCGGCUCGGUGUCGGCCAUGUGGCUUGGCAUUGAUAUGCUCCGCGGCGCGCAAUCUCGAAAGACUGCUCACGUGCCAUUUUCGCUCAACCCGGCGGAGCUCCAGGUGCUGCGCGCCCAGUUUGAGAAGGAAGGCGACAUGGUCGGCGUGCAGACCAAGUUCAACUUUGCAUGGGGCCUCGUCAAAUCCAGCGCACGUGCCGAUCAGCAACAGGGCGUCAUGCUCUUGACCGAGAUCUUCCGCACGUCCCCCGAACGCCGCCGCGAGUGCUUGUACUACCUGGCCCUCGGCAACUACAAGCUCGGCAACUACGCCGAGGCACGCCGCUACAACGACCUGUUGCUCGAGAAGGAGCCAACGAACCAACAGGCGUCGAACCUCAACACACUGAUCGACGACAAGGUACAGAAGGAGGGCCUCGUUGGCGUCGCCAUUGUCAGCGGCAUUGCCGUCGUGGCGGGCGUCGUCGGUGGUGUCCUGCUGCGCAACAUUGGCCGCCGGCGGUAG